AUGUCAUUUGAAUUUCAGAUGGGCUGUGCACCAAGUACACGUUUUGGACGAAAAAUAGGUGAUCAGAUUGAGACGCCACGGAUAAAGGAAUCACCUCGUCUGCCAGUUCAUAUUGGCGGUCCAGGAAGUCAAAAAGGAUUGCUGCUGGAGGAAUUAGUCAAUCGAUUUGGUUUUGCAACAAUCAGUACUGAAGAAAUUGUGUUCGCAUAUUUGCCGAGUAAGAUAUCCGAAACCGUGGAGAACACCGCCGAUGUCCAACGUUUGCUCAUGAACGAUCACUCGAUACUGGCAGUAGAAUGGGUGUUGUCGAUGAUGGCCGCUCAGAUAUCGUCGAGCUCAAACGAACGAUUCAUAAUUGACAUCAUACCGGCGCUGAACAGCAUCCUUAAAUGUGAAGCGUUCAAUCAGAUAAGCCACGACAGACACCUCGCUAUCUUUGAAGAAAUACAUCCAGUCCUAUGCGCUGUUGAAAUCAAUGUCACUGAUGAGUGGUCACUGCUUACGAAUGCUAUGGGCGGUGUCAAAAGGCGUAACAGAAGUGACAGCACCGAAUCCGGGCUGAAUAUCCAAGGUGUUGAUGAGGCCGAUAAAGGACGACUGGAGAAACGUUUAGAUGCCUAUCACAAAUGUUCUUCGACGUUUAUCUCCUACUUUCGACAUCUCGGACGAGUCAUCCGCAUCGAUACAUCGUCAAAGACUACUGCGAAAAAAGCUACAGCGACAAUUCGAGAAGUUUUUCUCGAUCUUGGCUUCGAGGAGUGCAUUCGGCCAACACGAGCCAUUUUAUUUUCAUACAGUUUGUUUUUGAAAAUUUUGAUAGCAGAAAAUUUUCACAAAACGUGUCUCAAUCGGGCUAACAGAAAACGUUUACAAAGCAUCCAUGAACGGCAGCUGUGCGAGAUUGAUUUCGAAUUGUACAAAAUCAAAAGAAUCCGUCUCAGCGAACUCACCAGCAACAAUCCACGGAGUUUUGUAGGUCCAAGCAUUAAAUUCAAUGAGCAAAAGCCAGUUUGCCUGAGCCGGCAUGCAUAG